GCAUGGAUCACGGGAAGGUCUGGAACAAUUAAAUGCACGGAGCCGCAACCCUGAACAACCAACGCACCUCUCAACCUGGAAUGCCACAGACAGUCUAGUGAACAUUGGCUUAUUAUUUCUUCUGCUUGUUAUGCGUUCCUUCAUAACAUCUUUGGAGCCUCUUAAAUGUGUGACUUAUACCUCGCUCGCUCUCUCUCUCUUUCUCUAUAUAGAACUCCUAAAAAAAGCAGUGGCCAACGACUACUAUGGAUCCUGAAGUACAGGAUAUCCUCACCCGGUUCAAACACUUGAAGUCUACCUCUGCUCGCCGAGCUUUGUACCAUCUUCUCCUGGAGCAGAUGCAUCCUUAUGAAUGGCGUGAUGUGCGUGAUCGCAUGAACCAAGUUUCCUUCCAAAAAGACAUCCUAGGCAGUUUACCUACCGAGGUUGCUGUAAAAAUUUCCAGGCAUCUAGAUUUGUCAGAAAUCCAUAUUUUCCGAAGAGUCUCCAAGCGAUGGAAUUUUCUGCUAUCCUCUAGGUUAUUCCGCGAUGCUGUGUGUCAUCGGUAUGUUGGGCACAGCUGCAGGUCCAUCGUGCUAGAUUCUCCAGAUGCAUUUACACAAUAUGCCAAGCAGCAUGUUCGUUUGGAACGCGGACAACCGAUCUCUAAGGUCCUUAACCGUCCAUAUUCUCCAAUACCAGAUGCGACAGGCUUGGUUAGUCUUGAAUUUUCGCAUGGAAGCUAUGCAUGGAUUGAAGACGCGAUAGUCUACGUCCAUAACCUCCACUCGAAUACGAUGCAGAGCUUCUGCACAGAAAACCGGGAUACAUUCACUGCACUACGCAUUUCUGAAUCCAUUGUAGCAGCGAUAACACUGCAUGGGUUCUGUCAUGUCUGGAGCCUCCAAACCAACGAUUCGGCGUAUUUCCGGCUGCCAUCGUUACAAUGGAAAAUCUUUGUUGUUCGCGGUAUGAACGUCGCCAUAGCAUACAACGGCACCAUGGCCAGCGGGCCAGACUGUAUUAUACACUGGCAGCUUGACUGCCGCGUUACUCGUACGUUUUAUAUUGCGAACAAAAUAGCAUACCUAGACGUGGACCCUACUUCAAGGACUUUGAUCACAGUUCACCUCGAGAAAACCGUGGAUCCUGAUACUCCCAUGCACACCCAUUGUUGUCCCGCCAUAUAUGCACAAUUACGUGUCAAUAAAUAUCCAUUCAAGGAUACUGUUGCCAUUCCGUCCCCAUCUUGCACCGUGGCACUAUCCUCAUUUGCAGACCCAGCUGGGCAUGUGGAGAUAGAUGAUGCUUUGUCCUUAUCGUUUGGAAAUGCAAUGGGGAUCUUAACAUCCGGGCGAGGCGGACAUCUAGCAGAAACGCCCGGUGUUAUUGCCGCUAUUACUUACAAUCAAGGAACUGGCAGGGUUAGCGUAAAUACGGUGUCUGCAGAGAACACGCCAUUCAUCCCUUUAUGCAUGACAUCUGUUGAUAGUAACAUCCUCUACUAUGUCAAGAACGACAAUGGUAAACCAGAGAUCUGGAUCUCCAAUCCAGAUGCCAGAAUCGCCCACCGCCCUGCCAGAUGGAUCAACCCCCAGUUACCUAGGGAGGCGUCAAACAGGGUCUAUUCUCAUGGUACUCAUUUCAUACUUAGAGGAGAUCGUGACUUCAUUUUAAUGGUUGAUCAGAAUGGACUGAAGGUUUGGUGUUUUAACGAAGACAUGAGUCUGUCAAGCGCAAUUCCAUUAUAA